UCUUGACUGGCUCACAAGUCAAACGCAGCCAAGCAUCAAAAACACAAGCAAGGUCUUUCAUCAGCACGAGAACCAACUCCUCAUCAUCAUGACCCCUGUAACAGCUCCAGCUGAUACCCGACUCUCCCGAUGCACGGCUUAUCUGAAAGGCGAACCCAAAGCAUUGGGGACUGUGCAGAUCAUGAUCGGAACCACAAUUUUCUUGUUCGGUAUCAUUUUAACCUCGUUUGCUCUUACACCAGGGAUCAUCAGUGGUAUUGCUCUGUGGGGAUCGCUUAUCUUUAUAAGUUCUGGUGCUCUGUCGGUUGCUGCAGCAAACCACUAUAGUUCCUGUGUGGUGAAAGCCUCAUUGGGAAUGAAUGUGUUCAGUGCUGUGGCUGCAGCUUUCGCUGUCAUUCUGUUCUCAGUGGACAUGGCGCUUGGGGUUAUGUUCAUUCCCUGGUGUCGCACCUAUAACUCUGGCCGCUAUAACUCUGACCACUAUAACUCUGACCACUAUUACUCUGGCCACUAUUACUCUGACAGUUACUACAGAUGUAAUCAUACCAUUCUCUCUAUGUGGCAUGGAAUCUAUGGAGUGCUGGUGGCUUUCUCUCUGCUUGAGUUCAUCAUUUCUAUCUGCACUUCUGCGUUCGCCUGUAAGGCCACCUGCUGCACUGAAACUACACCGAUGUAUUCACAGCCGAUGUAUUCACAGCAGAUGAAUUCACAGCAGAUGUACAAUCCUGCCUUCUACAACCCACAGGUUCCUCUUCAGUCAUCCGUAGUCACCUACAACAAUGUUUAAAUUAUGGCUCAGUUAUUUUCUGAAACUUGGUGUACUUUCGCAGUCAAAUCUUGCUUCUCUGUAGUGUUUAAGAUUCACACUGGUUAUCACAUGUCUGUAAAUUAUAUAGACAUAUUUCUAAAACUAUAAAUGUGAACAAAUUAGUGUGAUGUAAUGAUGACUUUUUUCUUUUUUUAACCUGUAUGAUUAAUGUUAAUAAACUUUCUGCAUGGUCAAAAUGGUAAUACCUUCUACACAUUCUUCUCUUUCGAUGACAUACACAUCAGAAUGACGUGUCAAUCCAUUGUGUAAAAAUAGACAUAUUUGAUUCACACCACAGCACUCUUGAGUUCUGGUUAGUCAGAAGGUGUUUUCUAUAACAGCAGCUCUG